AGUUACAGUGUACAGAGAUUAUAAUAAUAGACAGAUGUCGAGACAUCUUAUUUAACUGGGGAACACAUAAUAAGAACCCAUUCGUUUAUUACAAUCGAAAUUUGGUAACAGCAACCUUAAGAUUAUUUUGUAUGUGUAGUAUUUUGUAUAAAUAGAAGUUGAUAAUACGUUUGUCAAUUAAAAACAAGUUACUAUCUCAACAGCUCAGCGCGCGCACUUCAGUCAGCCAGUCAGUCAGUCAGCCUCGGAAGAGUCCAAUAGCGGAGGGUUUUGUUGUCCGCACUGGGAAGCAUCGUGACAAUCAUUUAACAAGUCACUUAUUAGCAUUUAAAUUGCAAGGUUCUCGUACUAUACACGUUUGAUUUAAAAAGUAACAGUAUUGAGUUGUUAAAUCAGCGAGGGAUGCAUCAGGCUUUAGCUCAUCAUCGUGGACUCAUCCGCAGAUACUGUUGACAAGUUGAACGAGUGUGCUGCGACUGCUGUCCUCAAAGAGGAGCGAGGUGCAGCUGCGCUUGUAGUGAUUAAAGGUUCAUUGUGGAUGGUGCGGGACAUUUAUAUGGGUGUUUAUCCACACACAAAGCUGCUGUGUCAGGCAGAAGUUCCCAGGAGGAGAUCUCCCGCUCCAGUCUGGCCACUCUAACAGCUAACAACCCCAAGUCCACUCGAACCGACAACCCAGCCGACAUCAAAGCCGCUCUCUGUCUCUCUCUUUGUCUCUCUCGCCUCGCCGCUGGGCACAUCCCAUUCUGUCUGUACAUCUAGGGGAAUGUCUGUCCUUUAACCGCCUCUCUUUGCACUAACCGAUAGCAAAUAUUCAUACGCUACUAUGGAAGACUAUGACGUGCCGUCGGCCGCUAGCAUCCUGGCCUCAGUCAAAGAACAGGAGGCUCGCUUCGAGCGUCUGACCAGGGCCCUUGAAGAGGAACGCCGCAAUGUCUCCUUGCAGUUGGAACGCGGCACCCUGCCUUCUGAUAGGUUGGCGGGCGGCACCACCACAGGCAUGAGCAACCAACCGCUGGCCUGGCAACAGAUGGUCAUGCAGGAGCAGAGCCCCAGUAAUCAGACAUCACUGGCCAUGAUGCAGGAGCCCCAGGAGGUUGUUGAGGAAACAGUAACUAUAGAGGAGGACCCCGGCACACCCACCUCUCACGUUUCCGUGGUUACCUCUGAUGACGGGACCACACGCCGCACAGAGACUAAGGACAAUUUGACUAAUAUUAAGGUGACCAAGGUGGUUAAAACCAUCACACGCCGAACCUUCCAGCCAGUGAUGCUGAUUGAAUCCAAACCAUCUACUCCCAUACCCACACCCAUUCCUCCAUCGACGCCACCACCAUCUGAUACAAAUCCAGUGACUAAAAUGGUCAAGACAGUCACGACACGGACGGUCAGACAGGUGCCGCUGGGUCCAGAUGGCCUUCCUCUUCCAGAAGGUUCAUCUCCACUUGGGAGCUACACUGACUCCAUAGAUCGUCGCUAUAUGAAAAACGGCGACCGCUUUAUCACGCCCCAGGCCACCUCCACCCUCACGCGCUCCUACAACAAUUACGUCGACUCCUACAACGACACUCCAGACAGCCAGUUUCGCCAUUACCCACUUCACGAUGGCUACGGGGACGUGCCCGAGAACUACGGAAGCCUCUCGCGUGGAGUCAACUACAGGCCCUAUAGGCCCUAUAUGGCCGCUGGAGGAUACCGGCCUGAGAACAGCUACACGCUUCCCAUUCGUAAGGAAGACUAUGGCCAUAUGGCACAGCCGCAGGUCCCUAUGGGCAGUAGCACUGUGGAUCUCAAUCGUUCCCAGCCCGAGCGCUUCCAGCCAGAACCUUACGGCCUAGAGGAUGACCGACGCAGCCUCGGCCCAGAUGACGAAGAGCCGUAUGACCUAGAGCCCGAUUAUUCCACAGCUAGCCGUCGCACGCUGCCCGGACGUACCAUUCGAGAGCCGCUGAGGAACGGCCCACGUGUAAGAGGUUACGAUGACCCCAUAGAGGCAGAAUUAAUCGAAGAAAGGCACCCCUACAUCCACGGCAUGUACCCUGCUCCUCUCGCCCAGCCCGAAAGAGGCAGUCUGGCCAGUCUUGACCGCAUGGGCGGCCGUCGCUCCCCCUCCAUCGACAGCAUCCGCAAAGACCCGCGCUGGAGGGACCCCGACCUCCCCGAGGUCAUCGCCAUGCUGGGCCACCCCAUCGAUCCGGUUAAGUCCAAUGCAGCCGCCUACCUGCAGCACCUCUGCUACGAGAAUGACAAGAUAAAGAAGGACGUCAGGCAGCUGAAAGGGAUCCCCGUGCUGGUGGGCUUGUUGGAUCAUCCUAAAUCCGAAGUUCACCGCAAGGCCUGUGGAGCUUUGAGAAACAUCUCCUACGGCAAAGACCACGAUAACAAGGUGGCCAUCAAGAACUGCGAUGGGAUUCCCGCUCUCGUUCGCCUGCUGAGGAAAACCAAUGACAUGGAAGUUCGUGAACUCAUCACAGGAACGCUUUGGAACUUGUCCUCCUAUGAGCCGCUGAAGAUGGUGAUAAUUAACCACGGGCUUCAGACGAUGACUAAUGAGGUCAUCAUCCCUCAUUCGGGGUGGGAACAUGAACCCAAUGAGGAUUCGAAGCCACGCGACGCAGAGUGGACCACGGUCUUCAAGAACACAUCGGGAUGUCUAAGGAAUGUGAGUUCAGAUGGUGCAGAGGCACGCAGACGCUUAAGGGAGUGUGAGGGGCUGGUGGAUGCCCUGCUGCAUGCACUGCAGUCUGCUGUGGGGAAAAAAGACAUGGACAAUAAGUCUGUGGAGAAUUGUGUUUGCAUCAUGAGGAACCUGUCCUACCACGUGCACAAGGAGGUCCCAGGGGCGGAGAAGUUUCAGGACCCCUCUGCUCUUCAGGGCCCCGGCUCUGCGGGCACUCAGAGGAAGAAGAAAGAUGACGCAGGCUGCUUCGGAGGGAAAAAGGCCAAAGAGGAAUGGUUUAAUCAAGGGAGGAAAAACGGAGAGCACGACAAAAACUAUGACACAUUGGACCUACCCAAGCGUACAGAACCCACUAAAGGUUUUGAAUUACUCUAUCAGCCAGAGGUGGUUCGUCUUUACCUGUCCUUGCUUACAGAAAGCCAGAACUAUAACACUUUAGAAGCAGCAGCUGGGGCUCUGCAGAACCUCAGCGCUGGACAGUGGACAUGGUCCAACUAUAUCCGGGCGACUGUACGUAAGGAAAAGGGUCUGCCGAUCCUCGUGGAGCUCUUGCGCUCUGAUUCGGAUAAGGUGGUGCGAGCUGUGGCCAUUGCAUUGAGGAACCUGUCCAUCGACCGCCGCAACAAAGACCUGAUAGGGAGUUACGCCAUGAGGGACUUGGUUAGCAACCUGCCCAGUGGCCAGCAGCGGCCAGCCAAAAAUCUAGAGGAAGAUACGGUGGUGGCCAUUCUCAACACCAUCCAUGAAAUCAUCACUGACAGUUCUGAAAACGCUCGCUCCCUCAUUACCGCUCAAGCUAUUGACAAACUAGUGGCCAUCAAUAGGACCAGCCAAUCAGCACGGGAGACUAAAGCUGCCUCCCAUGUACUACAGACGGUCUGGAGCUAUAAGGACCUGAGAAAUACCCUGACAAAGGAUGGCUGGAGUAAAACACAUUUCCAGCCCCUAGCAACCGGCACUCCCAAAGGGUCCAAGAGCUGCAAGCCAGGCUACGAUGACACAACGCUCCCCUUGAUGGAAAAGAACCAAGGCAGCAGAGGGUGUAGCAGUGGUGAUAUGAUACCUAUGGAUGAACUCGGUCCAGAUGGCUAUUCAACCAUCGACCAGAGAGAGUACAAAGGCAGCGACGGCUCUUCUGACCAGCAGGAACGGGAACCAUUAAAGAAUGACACAAAUAGGAAACACUAUAUCAGGAGCAACAGGCCAACUGUCAGUCUGGUGGAUGCUUGUGAUGUUAAACCUCAGCCUGUUGACUCCUGGGUCUAAAUGCAUGCAUGGCUUAGCUAUCAACAGUGCUACAUCUCUACUACACAAGGAUUUCACAAGUCACCACUGCCAUUAACCACAGAACUCACCGUGAUGUGGACUCAUCCGAAGACUUUUACCUAAAAAAGCGAAACUUUCAUUCAACAGCCAAUAAUUUGAGAUUUUCUCAAAAAACAUUCGUAAAAACUACCACUUGUCAUAUGUACAUUCCCACUGGACGUAGUGAACCCAGAACAGAGGAUCUGCAAUUGUUGAAAUGGAUUCGAUUGUGUACAGGAAGUGAUGUCAUGGACGAGAAAGUGUACUGAAAGGAAUUGGGAUGUAAAAAAACAUAUUUUUAUGUCAAAACGUUAUUUUUGUUGUACGUAUCUGCCUGAUUACUGUUUUGUUUGUGAAUUGAUGUUUUUUCCCAGAAGUGCGGUGAAUUUUUUUUUAUGAAGGUUUGGGGUUUGUGAAAUGGUGUCAUGGAGGUAAAAUGAAGGUUUUUUUGUUCAUUGCAACGGUGUGGGGGCACAUUAGACGUCUGGGGGUCUAUAUCGAAAUGCACGCUUUUGCAAUUUCUGUGUGCUGGCUUUAUAAAGCAACUUUAAAGACAUAAUAUCACUGUGUUCAUUUCUUCUCACCGAGAACUGUACUUUAACAGCAGGCUCAUGCCCUGCACACUGACAUCUGCUCAUAGUGGAGCUGAAAGCUGCUAUGUUUCGACUCAAAUUUGGUCUGCUGAUCUUGAUGAGCUGCAGAGGCAUGCUGGGUAACACCAGCACUUAUCAGCUAUUGGUUGACAGUGUUUUUGGUUUAUUUAAGAGGUGGGAGAAACUCCAUUUGUUAAUAUGUAGAUGAGAGAUGGUAGGAGGAUUCGGUUGCUCCUGUUGUCAUAAAAGUAGAUUUUCAAAGCAUUUUAUAUUUUGUUGUUUUAUAAAUGUAUAUUAGGUUACAAAGAUAUAAAGGCGGGAAAAACAGUUUGCUAUGUUCUUUAUACAUUGAUAGAUGUGAAUCCAUAACAGUUUGUUUAAAGCACAUUCAGUAUUCCCCAAAGCAUGGUCAUGUUUGUAUAAAAAAUAAUAUAAUAAUAAUAAAAAGAUAAUCACUUUAGUUAAAUGUGUAUCAGCGAGAGUCAUUGUCUAUUUAUAGUUUGUAUUUUUUUGUAUCUUUUCUUUUGUACCAUAUAUGCAUUUUCAAUUGGAAGGCAUGAUCAAAAUGGGUUUUUUUUUUACUUUUUUCGGUUGCCAGAUUGCAUGCCAUCAGAGAACAUUUGUAAAUCUGAAUCUCUGUGGAGAUAAAAACAGGCGCCAGUACGCUGGAUUUAAAGCCUUUACAAAAUAAACAAAUUAUUUCUUUUUUAAUUCAAGACAGAUUCCUCAUAAUAUGAGGCAAGCAGCAUGUGUCUCCAUUGAUAUCUAAUUUCUGUAAUGUGACUCUAUAUAACUCGCUAGAGCAAACUUUUUACCAUAGUGUUUUAACAGAGAUGUCUAAUAACAAAAUAACUGUGUGUGUAAUAACUUGAAAGAUGAAAACGUUGUGAACUUGAGCCUUGUGUAGUGUCAUUCAUUUUGACCGCCUUUUUGCAGAAUACCAAAGGAUUUUGGUACCGUGUAGUACAAGAGGUUCCCAGGUUGUGAAUUUGCCUCAGACUGUAUAUUUAUAAAACUGAUGUUGAAGUGAUUCAAGAGAAACCUACCUGUAGAUAUCACUAAUUCAGACCAUCGAAAUCAAAUACGUGUACAACUUGGUAGCAGAUGUGUUUGUAACUAUCAUGUGCCUUAACCUUUUCCAUGUUAGAUGACGAUAAGUGUGUUUUAUAUGUUUUAUUGGUCCUUUCUCUCUCUCUCUCUUGUCCUCCUCUUUCUCUCUUUACGCACACACAUACACACAGAUUUCUUCUCUAUUCCCCCACUUUAACUCACUCUGUGUUCUCAAUGUAGUCUAUAGACUGGUGGUGGGUUUUGCCUUGUAUUACAUUGUAUUAUAAACUUUUAAAAGAUAGAGACAAUAACAAGGGUUUGAUUCUAGUUGUUGAUGCUUUCGUAGCGCUAAAGAAAAAAGCCACAUUGACAGAAUGUAUUGUUAAUUUUACUAAUACCCAAAAGAGAGAAUUGCUCUUGUUAAUGAAAAAUACAGGUUUGUAGAGUAUCACUUUGGUGUGUUUUCAAUAAAUCAUGCCUGAAAACAG